AUGGGCAUAUUGGCCCUGUUCUUUGUGCUCGUUUCAUUGGCCGCUUUCAAAAUGCUAACCAAGGAGACCACUUUCGAAGAUGUAUACGGCGAGAAUGCAAUGCGUCUAUUUGCCGAGGAGAAAACCGGCAAACAAAAAACGACAAAAUCCACCAAGAGCAAAGCGAAGAAUGCUGAUAAAAAGAAGGAUCACGCACAAGAGAAAGAGAAGAAACGUACAAGCGAUUCUGAACUGCAAACUAAAACAGUCGAGAGAAAAUCCGAGGAGCCGCAGCAAAUUGUUCUGGAACAUGCUAAGCCAGAAAAGAUGGCAGAUGCAAAGAAUGUCAAGCAACCGGACGAAGAGAAUGUGAAGAUUGUUGAUGAGAUGCCAGUGUUGCAGCAGGAGAUGCCAAAGCACACGAAAAAGAAGAAUAAGAAUAAACAACACCAAGAAGCAGAAGAGACGAAAGCGGUUGAAAGAAACACACCGCCACCGUCGCAUGAGAAGCAAAAUGUUGUGGACGAGCCUGAGGUAGCAGUCAAAGUUGAAGUGAAAGCAACUCAGCAGAGCCAAAAGAAGAGUGCAAGUCCAGCAGUUGCUGAGGUAGCAGGCACCGAGGAAACUUCUUCAGCAUCUGCAGAAGGUGUCGAGAAGAAGGCGAAAAAGAAGCGUGCUCGUCGCGCAGAAGAACAACUGCAUGAGGUGGGCACCAAAGAGGAAAUGCAACCGUUGAUGAGCACCGAACCGAUAAAGGAGCAAAAGCAACAGGUGCUUGCGGCGAAAGAGGAGAAAAAGCCCGAAAAAGAGAAACCAAAACCGAAAAAACCUGCAAUCUCGGUGCGUGACAUCACGGUCGAUAAGCUGCAUACUCGACUGAGUGCAGUCGACGACUUGGAACCAGAGUAUCUGUCCUUCUUGGCUGCGUAUUUCAGCGAUACAGGAGCACUGAAGACAAAGCUAACGGAUGAGAAUGCGACAUUGCGCCGCGAAGUGGCCGAUAAGACCAAAUUGGCCCAUCAGGUUGUAUCGGACGCGCAGAAGAAGGAUUCCGAAAUUGCACAUUUGAAGUAG